AUGGGACAGCCAUGUGUGUCCAAGACAAACGGACAUUUGGACUGUCCAUGGAGUACAUCUGAACUGAUGGAAUGGAAAGAGAGAAGAAACACUGAAGGAAGAGCUGAAUGAAUUAGAUUUGUUUGUUUAUUUAUUUGUUAAUUUAUUGGACAUUUCUCUGUGUGUGGUCCUCUGUGGUGGAUGAACAGUCAUGGGGGAGUGGACCAUAUUAGAACGACUCCUGGAGGCAGCAGUCCACCAACACUCUACUAUGAUAGGACGGAUCCUGCUGACGGUGGUGGUCAUUUUCCGUAUUCUGAUCGUGGCCAUAGUGGGAGAGACGGUGUACGAGGACGAGCAGUCCAUGUUUGUGUGUAACACUUUACAGGUGGGCUGUCACCAGGCCUGUUACGACUCCACCUUCCCCAUCUCACACAUCCGCUUCUGGGUGUUCCAGAUCAUCCUGGUCUGCUGCCCCAGCCUCUGCUUCAUCACAUACUCUGUCCACCAGGCGUCCAAGCACAGGGACAGACCAGGGUCCAUCCUCUACGUGGGUCUGGACCAAGACCAGGACCGCAGCAAGAAAACCAGAAACAGCACACCCAACGGGGUUCUGCAGAACAAGUCCAACAAGGAGGCGGAGCCAGACUGGACGGAGGUCAAGGACGUCCGCGGUUCGGUCAAGUCCAAACUGAGGAGGCAGGAGGGCAUCUCCAGGUUCUACGUCAUCCAGGUGGUGUUCCGGAACGUCCUGGAGGUGGGCUUCCUGCUGGGUCAGUACUUCCUGUUCGGCUUCAGCGUCCCCACCAUGCUGGAGUGUGGGCGGUACCCCUGCGUGAAGGAGGUGGAGUGUUACGUGUCCAGACCCACGGAGAAGACGGUGUUCCUGGUGUUCAUGUUCGCCGUCAGCGGGGUGUGUGUGGUUCUGAACCUGGCAGAACUGAACCACCUGGGCUGGAGGAAGAUCAGAACCGCAGUGAGGGGGGUCCAAGCCCGCAGGAAGUCUGUUUAUGAGAUCCGGAACAAAGACCCGCCCAGAAUGAGCGUCAACCACUUUGGACGGAACCGGUCUAACGACUCUGCGUAUGUGUGAGUCUGGGCCGA